AUGCGAAACUUAAUACACAUUCCGCUUCUUGCAGUUCCAGCUUUUGCUGCUGCUCUCCCAGCCUCCUCACCCUCAGAACUCACUCCGCUCCCCCUCGUAAUCUGGCACGGCUUGGGCGACGACUACACGCGCGCAGGCCUCAAAGACCUCGUCUCCUUCGCCGAGUCCACAAACCCAGGGACCUACGUCCAUCUAAUCCACAUCGGCGACUCCUCUUCUGCCGAUCGCCAAGCGACGUUUCUUGGAAACGUCACCGAGCAGGUGUCUACCGUCUGCGAUCAACUCGCCGCCGAGCCCAUCCUCUCGACCGCACCGGCCGUCAACGCCCUUGGUUUCUCGCAAGGCGGCCAGUUCCUCCGCGCCUACAUCGAGCGAUGCAAUAACCCGCCUGUCCGUAACCUCGUCACCUUCGGCAGCCAGCACAACGGCAUCUAUGAGUUUCAGGAAUGCGGCUGGGGCGAUUUUGUUUGUCGCGGCGCGGAAGCCCUCCUCCAUGCCGGACGCUGGUCGAACUUUGUACAGUCGCAGUUUGUGCCGGCGCAGUACUUCCGCGAUCCUGCUGAGCUGGAUGCGUACCUCGAGAACAGCAAUUUCCUGGCGGAUGUGAAUAAUGAGCGGGAGGUGAAGAAUGCGACCUACAAGGAAAACCUGAGUGGUUUGAACCGAUUUGCGAUGCUUAUGUUCAAGGACGAUAAGAUUGUACACCCGAAGGAGACAUCGUGGUUUGCGGAUGUUGAUAAGGAGACUGGAGAGGUGACGCCGUUGCGGGAGAGGGAGAUCUACAAGGAGGAUUGGCUGGGAUUGAGGGAGUUGGAUGAGAAGGGUGCGUUGGAGUUUGGGACCUUGCAGGGGAAUCAUAUGCAGUUGGCCGAAGAUGAUCUAGAGAGGGUGUUUACGGAGUAUUUUGGUCCCGUGGAGGUUGAGCUGCCGCCUGUGCAGGGCCAGAGAGAGGUCCUUGUGAACCAGGGAGGCUAUUAG